GACUAAGCCAGUGUGCUAGAAGCUCUUUUCUUUGUUGGACCCUUUCCCUGCUCUCCCGUCUUGGUCACUUGAACUUUCUCCAACUGAUUAGUUGAUGUUUUCCAGACAACACGAGAGGGAAAGGAAAAAGUGCAGAGUCAUAGUGCCGCGCCACCUAAUUAGUGUUUGUGUGUGAUCCGAGAAUUAAAAGAUAUAUAAUUUUUGACAAACAAGAGUAGUUCGAUAUCUUUCCCGUGUUGUGGGGGGUAAACAAUUCGAAGACUUUUGGAUGAUUACUAGUGGCAGUUCACCGCCAUGUUCUUUGGUGGCCAUGGAUUCGCCGCUAUUCUAUGAGCUUCAGGACCAUUGUCACGACGUGAACUCAGUGACGAAAAACCAAAACCAACAGCAGCGUCGUAGUGUGCCGAACGGGCUUCACUUAAAUUUGAACACGUCGAGUAAUUCCAUCGCCGAUUUGACAUCGGCGCGAGGACUGGCUCCCAUCCGCGUGCCCCCAUCCGGCGCCGUUUUCGGAAACGCGCCCGGCUCUCUUCCACAGCAGCAGCAACAACUUGCCGAGGCCUCCUAUCCGGAACUGGCCGAUAUCAACACUCCCGAAAUCUCGCUGGAUCUCCAGGGUCUGAUUGACUGCGAAGGAUUGCUGUCGGACUUGUCCCGUCAGUCAGGUUCUUCCGGCAACCCUUACUUGGCCAACUACAUGCGCCAGACUCAACAACAACAGCAACAACAACAGUACAUGCCCCACCAGCAGCAGCAGCAACAACAACAACAUCAACAGCAGCAGCAGCAACAUCAGCAACAACACCAAACUCAUCCAGCCAGCCAUCACCAUCCGUACGGCGGUUUGGUGAAAGAAGAGCCGCUGGAUUCGGGCACGUACAGUCCUCCACCGCAGCAGCACUACUCCGGCGGAGGCUACACGGCGUACGACAGUUCUUACGGCGGCCAAUAUCCGUCGACUAGCGCCGGUGGCGGACACAACAAUAACAAACUGUUGGGUUCCAGUAACAUCAACAGCCCUGGAUCUGUCAAAAGUGUCUCGUCGUCGGUGAGCGAGUCGUCUUCUUCGAAGCGUAGCGGUGGUGGCGGUGGAGCUAGCGGAUCGGGCGGAAGUAAACGAGCUGAUAAGGGGACGGACGAGUACCGCCGCCGUCGGGAGCGCAACAACAUCGCCGUACGCAAAUCACGUGAAAAGGCGAAACUUCGAUCCAGAGAAACGGAAGAAAAAGUCAAACUCUUGGUGCGAGAUAACGAACGUCUCCAGAAACGCGUCGAGCAAUUGACGGAAGAGCUCAAUAUCCUCCACACUCUGUUCACCAAUGUGGGUGGAGUGCCCGAAAGCGUCCAGCGUGAAGUGGCUAAACACCUGGAGAACAUUCAGCACCAACAACGCUAUCAAUAAUUCAAACAACGAUGAUUGUAAGAAGGAAAAAAGUCUUGCCACGACCACCAUUACCAGUGAUGUGAUGCGGAUCAGCGAUGACGUCUUAUUCCACCAGUGUUGUCGUUGUGGAUGUGGCCCGUUGUCGUCCGCCAUACAAAUUCGAAAUGAUUUCACCUAUCCCUUUCAUGAUGAACCGGUACAGCUUCAAACGCAGCCCAUUUGCUCCCAAUUGCUGCCCCUAGUCGAGUGCUGGCAAAAAAAGACUUGAUCGAUGGUCCGGUACUCGAUUUAAAGAAAA